CUGGCAUCACCGAGCAGCACGGUGUGAGCGGAGCAAAGCAACUAGUGCUGAGGAUUCAGCAUCUGCAUUACAGAUGCUUUACCUGCCUUGCUUAGAAUCAGUGUAGUUUGGUUCUGUGGGCUGUGCACCCACAAGCAAUUGGAGCAAAAAAGAUCAACUCUGGGAGCACAUUUUCUGGUUUUGUUACAUCCAAAAGGAAUCUGGUUUGUAUGUUGUGGCUGCACAGUGAGUGGUGAUGGUUCAAGGAUGGCCUGAAGCACAAGGCCAGCACAGAUGAGUGACAGUCUGUGGCUGUGAUCUCCACCUAUGAGAACAGGAUAACAAAACUCAGUCAGGAUUGCAUGGAAGCUUGGUUUGGAGAGAUCCAAAGGAUAUCCUACAGAAAGCCUUUCUGUCCUUCUUACCUGCCAGUUAAAAGGGCAGAUGUUUCUGCUCCUGGCCUGUGACCUUCUGACUGAGAAGAUGAAAUGUGUCAAAAACAUCUAUGCCCAGAUUUUUCAAAAGCGCUUUUCAAUGACCUCUGAAGUUGAUCUCAGGGAAGAGGACUUGGAGGGGGGAAGGAACACACCUCUCCCCCUGCAGAAGUCCAGCACAGACAUCCAUGUCCCACGGGUGCUACCCAGGAGUGAAUUUCAUACAGAGGCAUCACUGGUGCUCGUUCUGAAUAAGAUGAAAAACCUGAGGCCAGUCUGGAGCCAGUUUAUUGCUGUUGGCUGCUACACCGAGAGGAGCGAGCGAUGGAUAGGAGGAGGAUGCCGAGCGCAGCGCAAUGGCAAGUCAACUUGCGUUCAGCAGCGCGGGCACUGUGAGCCCAAGACGGCUGCCGGCCACGCCAGCAAGCCCAGCUCGGGCCCAGCUACGGGUGUGGGUCCCCCAACCGCAGCACCCAGCUACUGUGCUGAAGGCAGGCGACGCUGCAGCCCCGAAACCAGUGGCGGGCGUCAAAGGAGCGCAGAAACUAGGAGCGACUCUGACCUGGUGGAAAUUUCUAGAGGAAUAAGUGGGUGCCUCUCACACACACCCGUUCUCUCUCUUGAUGUUUCUUAUUAUCUAGAGGAACUGCCUCAUCUCCAGGAGACAAGGCUGCCCGCCUGCGGGGGGGGCCAACAGCCGCCUCCCCGGGGGGCCGGGGGCGGGCCGCGCCUCACCUGA